ACUUCCGUUCCGGAGGCGAUUACCUCCACUGGUGCCUCCCGAACCCCCUCGGAGCUUUGAGAUCAUCUCGUUGUUGCCGCCGGCUGCACCUUUCACCACCGGCCAACAACUUCGGUACUCCUACCACCUGGCAAGAUGUGAACCCACAGCUAGUCAUGCACCGCCCAAAAUUCAGGUGUCUAUGAGAGCAAUGCAGACGCCACUGCUCAGUCCCCAGCCCUCCGUGAGGGCCGAAUAGCCGAGGGAAGCGUAAAAAAGACCAGCUAGAAGGGCUCGCGCGCUCUCGUAUUUCGUCAACAACGAUAACAACUACAACGUUCACAGUUACAACUGUGGCAUUCCGAAUUGAUUUGAAAGACUUUUAAUCGAUGGUCUAUCGGCAUCGGUAUUAAUACCACAAGAAGCUUGUGAUCUCAACGUACCAGCCGUAUGUAUGUGUCCCAUUGACAGUGUGCGACUAGUCAACGACGCAAGUACUUCGGCAACGAUGUCCGAUAAGAACGCAACGAUCGGCUGCUGCCGAGCCGGCGUCUGACGUCGUCACGCAUCUUCGCCGUACCACAACGGUCUGUCACACGCUGUCCGCCCUGUGGGCACGGAUGCGGCGUAAGGCAACCACGGCACCGGGCACCUUGGCACAGCGCGGUAUGGGCUGCGGCAGCUCUCAGGCCGCCGUUUCGUCCGCCGCCAAAGGCUGGGUUAUUCAGCAAUUAAAAGAGCACACAGGCCCGAUAAAUUGUUCAGCAUUGAGCGAAGACGAAAGCCUGCUCAUUACGGGCAGUGAAGACCGCACCGUCAAAAUGUGGUCCACACAAAGUGAGCCCGUCGAGCUACUCGGACUCGUCUCAAAAAUAGCUUUAGAUAUUGAUGGUACCAACUGGAUAUAUGACGAAAAGGGUACUUCCAAGUACAUACAACAAGGCACUCUGGUAGGUCACACGUCGUAUAUUACGCAAUGUAGCGUGCACGGCAGCUUCGUGGUGAGUGCGUCGGCGGACGGCACGCUGAAAAAAUGGAACAUUUCAGACGCUUCAUGUGUAUUUACCUUUCACGGACAUACCGCACGCAUUAAUAGAAUCGUCUGUAAUGGAAAUUUUAUCGUUUCGACAUCGAUGGAUAAAACCGUCCGCAUAUGGCACUUCCACGCGGAAAAAUUAUCACCACCGAAUCCACUUGAAGAUAUACCAGACGAAAUUGCUGGCCCUCAAUUAGUAGACGAAGAAUUUGAGUAUAACGAGCAAAGUAAUCUCGAUCUUAUCGAAGCGGCCAUCCUUGCCCGAAGACUUUCCAUGCUAUCGACUUCGCUCAGAGACGAUACGAUCACUGCCAAACAUCGCGGAUCAAUGAUGUCAGGACACGCAACGUUUACGUCUUACAGCGACCCCUCUCAACAGUCAUUUGAGGAAAUUCAGAGUCAAAGAAAGAAGAGCAAACGUAAGGAGUGCAUACAAGUCCUUAAGGGCCACUUAAAAGGAGUCUUUCCUGUGCUUUACAUUCCUUUCGAACGAGAAAGUCCAAUCGAUGAAAGCAACGGCAACGGGCCAUCUAACCAAGAGAAUCCCCAAAAUGAUCAUGAUGUUGACGGUGAUGCGUUCGGGCCACAGGGAGAUCUUAUCGUGACUGGGAGCUUCGAUUGUUCAGCGCGUAGCUGGGAUUUGCUCUCUGGACGAUGUCUUAAGGUAUUUAAAGGUCAUACGCAGGCAGUUAAUGAUUUGGCAGUAGAUCCUGGCGCAGAAUAUCUCUUUACAGCUGGGGGCGAUGGCACUGUGCGACAAUGGAUAUUGGGAACUGGUGAAUGUAAGCGUAUCCUAACUGGGCACCAGGGACCUGUCGUAAGCCUUAUCACCCAUUCAAAAAUGUUGUAUUCCGCUAGCGCGGACGGGACGGCACGCUCCUGGGUGAUGGAGUUUGGCGAGUCGACCAGAGUCUAUCGAGGCGCUUUGAAGACCAUCGAAUCUCUACGUUAUUAUGACCGCAUGUUGUUCACCGGUUCAGGAGAUGCUAUGGCGCGGAUGUAUGAGGCAAAAUCAGGCAGCCAUAAAAGAUCCUUUCGAGGACAUGAAAAAAACAUAACCUGCAUGGAGGCGACUCGAGGUCGUCUCUUCACGGGUUCGUAUGACGGAAUGCUGAUCGUGUGGGACACAACGGGCGUUAUCGAUGAGACGGUUUUCGGGGUUGAUGAAGAGUCCGAGAACAGUGACGAAGACGAAGACGAUGUCAACGUGCAGAAAGCUAUGAAAAUACUUGACGGUUUCGUACAUGGCACGUAGCACUAACGUACAUACGACCGUCCAGCGCACAACCACCAAACGGCGAUUAUGAAUCGUGUCGAGAAACGAGGAGUCUUGCGAGAAGGCAUGAAUAAUGCUAUACUGAACGAGAAUAACAAUACGGUGCUGACUGCAGACAGGAAAUCCUUCAUGUUGUACCCAAAUAACGUUAACGUUAAUCUCAUUGAUGAGGAAGGCGGUCUGCACUUAGCACGCGUCUCGGCAACUAAAAGAAAUUCUAAAGAAUGAUAUAGAUAUAUUAAUUGCUUCAUUAUAGCAAGUUGAAAGUCGUCUAUACUAGUAGGGAAUUUUUUGGGUCGGCUUGCGUCGCGCAGGUGACUGUAACCUCAUUAUCGAGAAAUGCUCGUUGAUUCAGUUUGCAAGGUGUUCAUAAAAAAGAAUGCAAUGUAAUUACGUAUGUACCAUAAAGAGCUGCGCAGCACUGCUAUACAGAAGGACAUGUUAAUUCAAAAUAGAGCUGUCGUAUCGUCCGGCGACAGGCCAUUUUUAAGGCAAGGAGAGGAUUACCUACUGAUAUAUCUAAAAAGACAUUGAAACGCGUAAGCUACAUCUCGACAUUUUGCGUCCUUCUCACUGCGGGGGUAACAUUUCUCCACCGAGAUCACGUCUUCAAAUCCCAAUAUUGAAAAAAGCGAUUGAUUGGUAGAUGUAAUGCGUUAUUCUAACCCUCUAUUAUUAAAAGCAUCGUUUCACGGCAAUCUGUGAAAAUUUAUAUUUGGCACCUGAACAAUCUAGCGCUUGGCUAAUUAUGAUUCCGGAGCAAAGAUGUGAUGAGUAUAGAAGAGGAUUACGCGAUGAUCAAUAGUAAACAUACAGUAGGGGUCUAACAGAACGUUAUUAUAGGUCCUUUCUCCGCCAGCUGUCCCCAGGCCUUAAAGAUAAAUGGUAUUGGCUCGCUCUGAUAAAUUUUAGCAUUAGUUGAGGAUAAAUUUAGGAACGUCUCUAUAAUAACGAGCUGCACGUGUUAUUUUUGAUGAUGAAAAACGAGCAAUUAUCGCAGCUAACCUUUUCACGAUUUUAAGCAAUAUGGAAACUGAGUCGGUGUGCAGGCAAUACGUGAAAUGCACGACAACUUCUAGCAGGUGAGCUUCAGAAGCGAGGAAAGCAAGCGGCGUUGGGUUUGUGUUAAAUGUCACAAACAUAUCGGUUAUAAUUCCUAUUUGUAGGCGGCUUCAGCCUCAUUCAGAUAUUGUCAGUUCAGCUCUGAUGACUUAUAGUCGAUCCGAAACGUAUACCCAGGCCGAAUCGUUAGGCCACCAUGCGUUCUGGAGCCUACGAUUACAACACGAUUGCGUACACGCAAGGUUUCCUCUAACGUCGUGUUUGCCUUGAGGCUUGACUCGCUGAAACAUUUAAAAUAUGGCCACACUCUAUCCAGUUUAGAGUUCGUCUGGACGUUGGUGACAGUGCAAGCAUGAUAGCAGAUAUCGUUAGAAGAAAAUAGAACCGCUCUGUUUGAUCACUGUGAAGCUACCUAAACAUUAACAAGAAUAUAAAAGUAUUAGUCCUAUUGCCAUUCGAUGCUAUUGUACAUCAUUCAUUUAGUACAUUUAUAGAAUUACUGAGAAAGCAGUUAUUCCAUAAUCAUGUGCGGUCCUAUAAGUGAAUAAGGUAUUCGGUAUUUUUUUACAUAACGAAUUUUCGGAUAUUUUUGUAAAAUCUACAAUAGGGGAAAUACGUUAUACGGAGCACAAAAUAGAAGACCGAUCAAAAUUAUGAAACUACUGUAUAUUCUAUUGUAACAUAACAAUGAUAUAUUAAAAGCUGCAUGAGUAAACGUGA